UUUCCUUCGUGCGUCGCCGACUUGCCGCGCGCAAGUUGUGCCUGUCAGUGAGCCCGCGGACGCGAAACUAACCUAAUCUCGCGCCGCAUCUCGCGCAUUCGUGACGUUGCGUUGCGUUGCGUUGCGUUGCGUUGCGUGGUGUGUCCGUGUCGUGCUGCGUGUGCGUGCAUGCAUACUCUCAGCACGAUUUUCUUCCGCGUUUAUGCGUCAUUGACGUCACUGCUCGCCGAUUCAAUUCGCGCCGAUUUGGCCAAGCUCGAUCGGAAGUUUCUCGAUCUUCGCAGCUCGCGGAAGAGAAAGAGAGCAGCGGAGAAUCCGCCCGCAUCUCUUACGAGAUAUAUACCGUCACGUGACAGGAGCGCGUGAGCCGACGUGACUCUCGCGGUCCCGGAGAGGAUACUCGCGGGGCGACGAUAACGGUCGGUAGUGGACGAGGAGCGAAGAGGAGAGAAGAGGAGAGGAAAGCGGACCAGGGCGGAAACGAUCGUCGCGGAGAUUCCGGAGAGGCGAGCGGUAUCACCGCCGUUCUAUGCGGCAAGAUGAUGGAGACGCAGAAUUAUUGGGAGGACACCUCCGCGCACUCGAUGCAGGUGAAAUACGAGAGUCUGGAUGGUAGAUCCUGCAAGGACGAGAUAUACAGAAUGGGUAUAGGAGCUGGAUACUGCGAGGGCAACCUGAACUUCGCGACGGCCUCGGAGGAUGACGAGGUCUACACCAAGAAGAAGGUCUCUAGGCAAGAUCCGAUGUCACACAGGAUCAUCGAGAAGCGCAGAAGAGAUCGUAUGAACAACUGCUUAGCCGAUCUCAGUCGACUUAUACCUGCGGAAUACUUGAAGAAGGGUCGGGGCAGAGUCGAAAAGACAGAAAUCAUUGAGAUGGCGAUCCGCCACAUGAAGCAUCUUCAAGGCCUCCGGCAAGAUACCAAGCACUCGUCCGUGACGACGGUGCACACACAUCCUGAGGACAGCGUGGACAGCGUGUCUCAUUCGACCGCGGCCUCCACCGCGGCAGAGCAUUACAAGCUGGGAUUUCAGGAGUGUUUGAGCGAAACCAUGCAUUUCCUCAUCGAGGUCGAGGGUUUCUUCGCGAGGGAUACCCUCUUCGUACAGCUUAUCAAUCAUCUGCAGCAGCACUGCGACAAAAUCGUAGCCACCAGUGACCGAUUAGGCUUCCCACAUCCCGAGUUGCCAGUGAUGAAUGGAGCGAUGAAUGGCGCCGGCUAUUCGCACACGAGUAUUCCGACGAUAUGUCAGCCCAAUGGCGGUCACUCGGACCAUGGCUCGAGCUCAGGUGUGAGCUCAUUUGGCGAUCCGGAGCGCCCGCUGCUGCGACCGACGAUCGUGCCACCGCCAACGAUUGUAAGUGACGACAGCAAUCACAGCACCCACUCGCAUAGUACGCCACCCGGAGCUGGAACCGUCUCUUGUCGAGACCGACCGACCAAUUACAAGUUCAAGAGUUCGAUCAAGCAGAGGUUCUCGGCAGAGAGAGUAAAAUCGUGUUCACCACCAGUGUCGAACGGUGCCGGGCUGGAUAAACCGCCGUCUUCAUCGUCUCACGGGGUGCCAAUCUUCGCUCUGCACGACGCCGGAUCCUUCUACGUGCCACUGACAGUUGAGGCGUCCUUGAUCAGACCCCAUCUGAGCUUCAUUCCGGACACCGGACCCGACACCGUUUUACAUCCGGUUACGAUAUCAGUUAACUUCAAUCACUCGUCGCCGCCAGCGUGGUCGCAACACCACAGUCCCAUUCAUCAACAUCAGACAUAAAAGAGAGAGACGAGAACAGUUAAAAUGAAUCAUUCGUCAUCCGAUCGCUUGUAUCCAUCAUGAGCGAGAGAGAUGUAUUCUGUUCCAUCAACUUCGAUUACCAUCAGUAGACUGAUCUUUGAAUCAGUGCUCUAAUACACGAG